AUGCCUUCGUCGCCGCGAGCUCUUCUCUGCGCUGCCGCCGUCGCGGGCCUUGCCCUGUGGCAGGGUGCCGAGGCGCAAAGCGGAGGCGGCAAUGUCAUCAAGAACGACACUCAUUUCUACGGCCAGUCGCCGCCCGUGUACCCAUCCCCUGAGAUUGUCGGAGCGGAAUGGGCGGACGCAUAUACCAAGGCGAAAGCGCUGGUUGCGCAGAUGACGCUUGAGGAAAAGGUCAACCUAACGGGCGGCAUUGACCUCGGCACAGGGUGCUCCGGCACCAUUAGUCCCAUAGAACGCCUCAACUUCACCGGCAUGUGCCUCAGCGACGCUGGCAAUGGUCUGCGUAAUACCGACCUCGUCAACUCAUAUCCCAGCGGCAUCCACGUCGGCGCAAGCUGGAACAAGGAGCUUGCGUUCCUGCGCGGCUCGUCCAUGGGCGGCGAGUUCAAGAGAAAAGGAGUCAAUGUUCUUCUUGGUCCCGUCGUGGGGCCCGCGUGGCGCGUUGUCCGUGGCGGCAGGAACUGGGAGGGCUUCUCGGUCGACCCUUACCUCUCUGGCUCACUGGUAUAUAAGAGUGUCUUGGGCAUUCAGGAGCAGGGCGUCCAGACCAGCGUCAAGCAUUAUAUCGCCAACGAACAGGAAACCUACCGCAUGCCAUCCGGUGGCGACAAGGAGGCCGUAUCCUCCAACAUUGAUGACAAGACUAUGCAUGAAGUCUAUCUUUGGCCCUUUCAAGACGCCGUCAAAGCUGGCACGGGCAACAUCAUGUGCUCCUAUCAACGUGUAAACAACUCGUAUGGAUGUGCCAACAGCAAGACUCUUAACGGCCUGCUCAAGACCGAGCUUGGCUUCCAGGGCUUCGUCGUUUCCGAUUGGGGUGCCCAACAUGCCGGCGUUGCCGCCGCUCUGGCGGGCAUGGAUAUGGCGAUGCCCAGCGGCAGCGAAUUCUGGGGGAAACAUCUCGUAGAAGCAGUCAAGAAUGGUUCUGUGCCCGAGUCUCGCGUCACCGACAUGGCGACCAGAAUCGUCACCACAUGGUAUCAGUUCAAACAGGACACUCUCUUCCCCGAACCUGGCGUUGGCAUGCCCAAGGACGUGACUGGGCCUCACAAAUUCGUCGAGGGACGCGACCCUAGUGCUCGUCCUGUUCUGUUCCAAGGCGCCGUCGAGGGCCACGUUCUCGUCAAGAACACGAAAAACACCUUGCCUCUCAAGUCCCCUCGCAUGCUGUCCUUGUUUGGGUACUCGGCAAAGUCCCCCGAUCUGUUCGCUCCUGUCGCCGGCGCACUCAACUCCCAAAUCUGGGUGAGCGGCGCGGAGUCCAUCGACGUCAACGAAUUCAUCUCCAACAUCAUCAGCUUUUCACCCAACGCGAGCCAUUCGAGUAUCGGUCGUAAUGGCACCCUCAUUCAUGGCUGCGGCUCCGGCGCAACGACCCCGGCUGUCUUCACUGCGCCGUUUGAGUCGCUCAAAAUUAGAGCAGCCCGCGACGACACGCCCUUGUUCCACGACUUCGUCUCCGCCGAGCCGAUAGUCGACCCCCUGACCGAUACGUGCAUCGUAUUCGGUAAUGCCUUUGCUUGCGAGGGCUUUGACCGCCCUGGCGUUUACGACAACUAUACCGACACCCUCAUCAAGACCGUUGCGGGCCAAUGCAGCAAGACGGUCGUGGUCUUUCACAACGCCGGAAUUCGAAUUGUCGAAAACUUUGUUGACCAUCCCAAUGUUACGGCCAUCAUAUUCGCUCAUCUGCCUGGGCGCGAUAGCGGCGAAGCGCUGGUAUCUCUCCUAUAUGGCGACUUGAGCCCGUCUGGCAAGCUGCCUUAUACAGUGGCCAAGAACGACACCGACUACGGCCAUGUCCUCAAUCCGGACUCGUCUGAAGGCGAGUUUGAGAAUUUCCCUCAGUCCAACUUUUCUGAGGGAGUCUACCUCGACUAUAAGCACUUUGACAAAGAGGGCAUUGAGCCGCGCUACGAAUUCGGUUUCGGAUUAAGUUACACGACUUUCAACAUAUCCAACAUCAAGGUCAACCCACUGCAGGGAGUCAACACGGCCGAGUACCCUGCAGGUGCCGUUGUGGCAGGUGGGCAGUCAGACCUCUGGGACGUGCUCGUCAUCGUCAACGUCGACAUACAGAACACGGGCAAGGUUGUGGGCGCGGAGGUUGCGCAGCUCUACGUCGCCAUUCCCAAUGGGCCCGCGAAGCAGCUACGCGGCUUCGAGAAGAGGGCCUUGCAGCCGGGCGAGGUGUCGACAGUCGAGUUUAAGUUGACGAGGCGCGACCUGAGCGUUUGGAACACGGCAGCACAGAAGUGGCAGCUGCAGCGAGGAGACUACCGAGUGCUCGUCGGGAACAGCAGCAAGAACCUACCUCUCCGCGGCGACAUCAACUACUAG